GUACUGCUCUAGCGGCCGCUACAGUAUUGAAAGUAGUGGGCGAAACACAAAGGUGAUUAUAUUUCUUUACCAUCGGCAGAAAAAUUGGAACAACCGAUGGUGUAGGAGCGAAAGUUAGCAAAGUCCAGGAACUGUUAUAUACUUCAGAACAAUUUUAUCCUAACAUUCUUUAUUUGGAGUUUCGUAAGUUGAAAGCAGUGGGAACAUGUGGAGUACAAACGGAAAUGCGGCACUGUGUAUUGCCGUCGGUGUAAUCUUCGUCUACAAUGUUGCAGCUAAUGCAGUUCAUGAUAUUAUGCAAUUACAUCAACUAAAUCAUCCAGCAGUUAAAAGACAGAAUCUUGACUACGAAGAUCCACACGCCGGACCACAAGACCAAGAGAUGUGCUUUACGAUACCUCAUUUGCAAGCCUUGAAGGAACAGUUCGCCAGUUACAUCGACACUAACCGUGAUGAACGUGCAAGUAAAGAAGAGAUCUUGGACUACUUAAAGAAGUACAAUCCUACAACAACGCCAGAACAGGUCGAGAAGUUCAUUGCAAGAAGAGAUAAAGAUGGGGACGGCUCUGUUGAUUUCAUCCCAGAUUAUUUGAUGGAAGUUAGCUCUCCUGACUUCGACUUGAACACAGCAAAGGAAUGGUUUGACCUUGAAGACACAAAUGGCGACGGAUAUGUGUCACGUGAUGAACUUAUCGCUAUUGCAGUGAAAGUAGGCAUGCCAAGAGAAGAAGCAGAAAGAACAGCGGUUGGCUAUUACAUGUCAGCUGACCAAAAUGGAGAUAACAAACUCUCUUGGGAAGAGUACAAACCUUUGUUUUUGGCAAAAUAGUGCACGGGCACUAACCAUCGGUGACAAUAAACAUUAUACACUGGUGAUAAAAAGACUUAUAUAAAUAGUUCGUGAAAAAAACGUGAUUCCAGAAAGCAGGAUGACACUCAAGUGAACAUUUCAAAUUUUGUAAACAUCUGUUACCAAAAAGGAACACACAAUCAGCUUAUUAUUUCCUCAUAAGGUCGUAACAACGGAAAAACAGAAAAGGUCCUGCUCCGAAAAUUUGGAUACUUUUGUAAUAUGUUUGUUACAUUUUUUUCUAUGAUAUCAGAAAUUAAAGAAUUUAAACUGUU